CGCGAGAUUGUGUAGAAGAGUGCGGAGUUGUGUUCGCGCGAAGACCCUUGCGCCGUCGCGACCUACCGGCGGGAAACCACUCUUGAACCCCAUCUUUGUCGUCCCCGGGGCGGGAAGAAGCAGAAUAAGACGAAGAAGCUGUGAGUGUGGUGGGGAAAAAAAGUGCGCGCGAUCAGGAGGAGAAAGAAGAAGAAGGAGCAAUAGAAGAUUCCUUCCCUGGUUGUUGGAUGUGGUUGAGCUUUUUUUUUGUAAAGUGUGAUCAAGUGACGGAUUUUUUUACGCAAAGUGUGGCCAUUCAACGAAACUAAUCCGGUUGUCUGUGGUGGAAGAGUGGAAGAAGUUGCGUUGUAGUACUCGAUCCAGGUGAAGAGAGGUCGAUUUGUGUGCAUUUUCUACGGAGAAGUGAUUGCUGUUAGACGGGAAGCACCUCGCACAGGUGGAAAGAAAAGGAAGAAACAGACGGAGAGAUAAAUUACAAUACGAAGGAAUUUGGUGAAAAAUCGCUGGAAUUGUUUUGGAGAGGAGGGCAAAAACCUAUUGCCAGUGACGGUGCUUUGACUGAUUUUUUUUGUUUGCUUCGAGAUACUCUGCACUACUAAAAGGAAUCGAAAGCCCAGAAGGAUCGAGAGCGGGCCGCCGCGGCGCGGAGAGGAGUGCUGUGAAGGUGAAUCCAGAGCUGCCGCUGCUGCAGUAGUAUCCGAAGAAGUGCGCGGUAGAGAAGAGAAGGCUCGUGUGAAAGAAGUGAAAAAAUGAUGUUGGAAAUUUUAGAGUUUUAAAAAAUACCUUCAAGAGUGAGUGAGAGAGAGAAGGAGAGCAGCGAAAGGAAAGGAAGAAGGAGCGAACGGAGUCGUCUCGUGGUGUGGUGUCAAGACGAGUCCACACGAUAAAGUGCAAAAGUGCUGCUAGCUGAGAAGAGACGCGACAAAGAAGCUUAGAGAGCAGCGCGAUCGCGAAGACUGGUGGUGUGGUGUGUGCGUCCAAGUUCAACUCCAAGAGUCGUCGUCGGUCGUCGUUGCGUCGUGUAGUCUUUUCGGCGGUGUUCGCGUAUCUGCAGCUCGCAAUGAUUUUUAAUUUUAUUAAAUGAGAGCUGCGCGUUAGUGUGUCCAAGACAUGAAAUUGGAAUCGAGUUAAUCAUCACAAUUAGCGUCAACUGGAGAGUGAUCGCGAUCGCGCGCCCUGGCGAUUCUAGUUUUGGCCACGUGCAGUGCACAGGAACACAUAGUCGAGAUCAGAAGUGCAAUGAGAAGCGAUCGAUCGUGAUGAUCGUGGCUAGGGAAAAGGUGAUGAUCGCACUCGAACGGCUAGGUCAACUACCUCCUCAAAGUGGCCGGGCACCAGCCAGAUUAUGACGACACACUAUCUGCGCGUUGGGUAGCAUAGAAGAAAAGAAGAAGAAAUUUGGUGCAACGAGUGCAAGAAGAAGCCAGAAGUGUGUGUGUGUUUAGUGUGUAUCGCCAGGAAUCGGUACAGAUUCGGGAAGAAAAUGCAGUGUGCCAGUUUGAAAAUCGCCUUUUGGUUGCUAGUCAUACUAGAGUUGUACGCCGCGAUAGAAGGCGUCGGCGCACAUGGACCUGGGCCAGGGCCGGGGCCUGGCGUUGUGAUAGGUGCCCGUCGAAGGUCCUCCAACGAUGGGGCGAUGCAGUCGCGUGCCGUUGACACGCGCGUUCAGUUCGAGAUCUUCGAGGGCGAACCUCGCGGAACAGUGGUGGGUUACAUCCCCACGAAGCCAGGGUUCACGUACCGCUUUAACGAGCCCCCGCGGGAGUUUAUUCUCGACCCCAACACCGGCGAGAUCAAAACAAACGCCAUACUCGAUCGAGAGAUUACCAAAAACGAUCGGUACGAUCUGGUGAUCCUGUCGAGUCAACCCACGUACCCGAUCGAGGUGCGGAUAACGGUGAUCGACAUCAACGACAAUGCCCCCGAAUUCCCGGAACCGAGUAUAGCGGUGUCGUUUUCGGAAAGUGCCAUCUCCGGUACCCGGUUACUGCUGGACGCCGCCACCGAUAAGGACGUUGGCGAGAACAAGGUCACCGACGACUAUCGGAUCGUAGACGGUAAUCCGGACGAAAAGUUUCGCCUAGCGGUGACCACCAACCCCAGUGGAGACGUAUACUACCUCCACCUGGAGACUAUCGGAAAACUCGAUCGCGAAACACGUGGCUCGUACACGUUGAACAUUUCCGCCAAGGAUGGUGGAACUCCACCCAAAUUCGGUUACCUCCAGGUCAACGUAACAGUCCUGGACGUCAACGACAAUCCACCCAUCUUCGAUCACAGUGACUACAUCGUAUCGCUGAACGAAAGUGUCCUCCCAGGAACCCCAGUCCUCCAAGUGAUGGCAUCGGAUAACGAUCUAGGAGACAACAGCAAAAUAACCUACUACCUGUCGGACACGGAAACCCAGUUCACAGUUGACCCCGAAACGGGAGUCAUCUCAACAACCGAACAACUCACCUGCCCACACCAAAACUGCCAAUCCCUGUCCCGUCCGGACGGGACAUGCCCAAAAAGUUGCGUGUUUACGGUGUUCGCCAGAGAUCACGGUUCACCCAGACAGGACGGCAGAACCUACGUCACCGUGAACCUCGUAGACACCAACGAUCACGAUCCCGUGAUCCGGUUUCAGUACUUUCCACCCACGGGAAGUUACGCAACGGUCGAUGAAAACGCUGUCAACAGCUCGGUGGUCGCUGCCGUGUCCGUAGUCGACAUGGACGAAGGCCUCAACGGGGACACCAGCUUGAGGAUCAUCGCCGGCAACGAUCUGCAACAUUUUCGGCUGGAAAAAUCGCCUAGCUUUUACAUCGUUCGCGUUAACGGCGUACUUGAUCGUGAAGAAAUCGGCAAAUACAACCUGACCGUCGUUGCUGCCGAUCGAGGAACCCCCGCACGAACGGCAACGGCGCACUUGAUCAUUCACGUGAACGACGUCAACGAUCACGAGCCGGUGUUUGAAAAGUCAGAGUACUCCACCGUGCUGAGCGAGCUGGCUCCGCCGGGAACCUACGUGGCCAGUAUCACCGCCACCGAUGAAGAUACCGGCGUCAACGCGCAAAUUUUCUACGAUUUCGUAUCGGGAAACAACAACCAGUGGUUCAAAAUCGACCCGUCUUCGGGACUGAUCACAACCCAGGCCCAACUCGAUCGUGAAGUCAACGGAAACAUUGAACUGAGUAUAUCGGCUCGCGACGGAGGUCCAAAUCCAAAAUGGGCGCACACCCAGCUUAAGGUGACGAUUCUGGACGAAAACGAUGAAGCUCCUACGUUUGCGCAACCUCGGCUGAAUAUCACGCUGAACGAAAACACCAAACCAAAAACGGUGGUAGCGGUCCUGACCGCGGUCGAUCACGAUCAAGGAACCAACGGAAGCAUAACCUACUCGAUGCAUCCGAGCGUGGAGAAAAACUAUCCGGGAAUAUUCCACCUGGACACAAUUUCCGGCCAGUUGACAACGAAGAGCAAUCUGGACCGAGAACGUGUUGCCAGCUACAACAUCCAGGUGAUCGCACGCGAUCAAGGAACCCCGCCACAAUCAUCCACGGCCACAAUACAGCUAACCAUCGAAGACUCCAACGACAACAACCCAGAGUUCUACCCCAAACAGUACUUCCUCGCGCUUUCCGAAGACACCCCGGUAGGACGAUCGAUCCUGCAGGUUCAGGCGACCGAUCGGGACGAGGGAGCGAACGCAGCCAUCUCGUACGAGAUCGUCAGCGGAGGCGAUGGAAUGUUCUCGAUUGACGCGGCCUCCGGACAGAUUAGCUUGAGGGGUAGCUUGAAGAAGUCCUCGAAGCCGCUGCACAAAAUUGUGGUUGCCGCCAAGGACAAGGGAGGUCGACGUGCGGAGCGGGAUGCCGUGGUGGAGAUCAUCAAGGAGUCGAUCGUGGAGGACAUUGUGUUUGACACGUUGAGCGGGUACGAGUUUCAGCUGGUUGAGGAUAACAGCUUGGAAGCGGUGAAGAGCGAUCGGGAAGUUGGGCAAGUGAAGACAAAGUUGUCACCGUCGGUGCGGGAUGCUGAGUACUCGAUCCUGCAGGGUGAUCCGCGUGAAAAUUUCAAGAUUAAUGAGCGCAGUGGGAAGAUUAGCAGUGCGAAGCAUAUCGAUCGUGAAGCGGCUGCAUUUUAUAGCCUGACGGUUGUGGCUCGGAAUGGGUUGGCCUUUGGCCAGACGACUGUGAAUAUUACGAUCAUUGAUUUGAACGAUAAUGCGCCGACAUUUCUGCACGAUCACGAUGAGAUUAAUCUGCCGGAAAAUACUGCCGUUGGGCAGGAGAUUUAUUUGUCUAAGGCGAAAGACUUGGAUUCGGGUGCGAAUAGUCGAAUAAGUUACAGUUUGAGUUACAAUCCGCAAGGUCUGUUCCGGAUAUCCGAGACUACGGGAGUGUUGUACUUGAACCGUCCGGUUCUGGUAGAUCCUGGAACUACACUGACGCUGGAGAUUACGGCAUCGGACAGCGGGGAUCCUCAGCUGUCAACGAAGAGUAGCGUCACUGUGACCAUUGAAGAUGUUAACGAUCAUACGCCCGUGUUCGAUCACACCUCGUAUGAAACUUCGCUGCUAGAAUCGAUGCCGGUGAAUUCGAGAUUUUUUGCCCUGGCAGCAUCGGAUGCCGAUAUCGGAAUGAAUCAGCGCAUUUCGUACGCGAUCAUCGAAGGUAAUGUCGAUCGCAAGUUUGGGAUUUUUCCAGAUGGGUUUCUGUACGUGAAGAGUGCGCUGGAUCGCGAGGAGCGCGAUUAUUACUCGCUGACGAUUACCUGUACGGACGAGGGUGAUCCGGCGAGGAGUUCAUCGGUGCCGGUAAUUGUUCACGUGAUCGAUGAGAACGAUAAUCCGCCACAGUUUACCAACAGCACGUUCAUAUUUAGUGUGGCGGAGAAUGAGCCAGCGGAUACGUUCGUGGGCAAGCUGACGGCGGUGGAUCGUGACAUUGGCCGGAAUGCCGAGUUGAUCUAUAUGUUGUCGAGCAAGCAGGAUGAUUUCACCAUCGAUUCACGAAAUGGGUUCAUCAAGACAAUGCACGAGUUUGACCGAGAAGCGCUGGUGCGGACGACCGGCCAAAACUUUAUCAUGCUAGAGGCGACCGUUUCCGAUAAUGGGCUCAGCCGGCUGCGCGAUAAGGUAAAGAUUAAGGUGUUUAUAACCGAUGUGAAUGAUAAUGCACCGCAGUUCGUGCGAGCGCCUUAUAAGGUGCAGAUCUCGGAGGGAUCAUCGAUCGGGACCCAGCUGAUUCGGGUGUACACGAAUGACGCCGACGAGGGUCUCAAUGGGGACGUUUUCUACUACAUCGCCGAUGGAAACGGCGACGAGCGAUUCGUAAUUGAUGAUGCUACGGGCCAGAUAACGCUGGCAAAGGCCCUGGAUCGCGAAACGGUGUCAAUGUAUAAAUUAACAAUCGUGGCCCACGACGCUUCGAUGCAGAACCGAUUAAGCGCCAGCACGACCGUAACGAUCGAGGUGCUGGACGAAAAUGACGAUGCGCCGGAGUUUACCCAAACGCACAGCCAAAUAUCGAUUAAUGAGACUACCCCGAUUGGGACGGAGUUGAUCCGGUUCCGGGCAACGGAUAUGGAUUUGGGGGUCAAUAGUCAAAUCACGUUCUCGAUCGCUGCCGGUAACCGGAGGGACACAUUCCACAUCGAUCCCACCAGUGGGUACUUGUACCUGCAUCGCUUGUUGGACUACGAGGACACUCAGAGUUACUCGCUGAAUAUUACGGCCUCGGAUGGGGGCAAUCCGCGGCUGUCUACGACCAUACUGUUUAUGGUAAACGUAAUUGAUUCGAACGACAAUCCGCCGAGUUUCCCGAACACGGCCAUAGUGCGACAGAUUCGCGAGGGGAUUCCGCUGAAGACGCCGAUCGUGACGGUUACGGCCGAAGAUCCCGACUCUGGGUUGAAUGGGAAGGUGACCUACGAGAUUGCCAGCCAAGAUCCGGAGAACCGGAAGCGACACUUUGGUAUCAACCCGACAACGGGGGUGAUUCACACGUUGCACGCGAUCGAUCGUGAAGCGAUUGACACUUACCGGCUGACGGUGAUCGCGACCGAUCAAGCUCCGGUGCCGUCCCAGCGAAUGUCCGCGGAAAAGCUCGUUACGGUGAUAGUGGAAGACAUUAACGAUAACGCGCCGGUGUUUGUGUCGAUGAACGCGGCUAUUUUGCCGAUGAAAGACGUUCGAAUGGGCGUGGACAGCAGUCCGAACGCGAUCAUGUUCAUCAACGCGCACGACGCCGACUCUAGCUCGAAUGGGCUGGUAACGUACGAGAUGACCGGUGGCAAUACGGACCUGUUCAAGCUGCAUCGAUCAACGGGUGCCAUAACGUUGAGGAAGCCCAUUUCUAAGCCGGAAAUCCGCUAUCAGCUGUCAGUGAGGGCCACCGAUGAGGCGGUUCAGAACGAACGCAAGAGUAGUGACGCGUACAUAACGAUCCUCACGACCGUCCCGGCGAACAACAAUGGGCCAGUGUUUGUGAAGAAGGAACUGUUUGGUAGUGUGUCGGAGAAUGAGCCGAUCGGGACGAGCAUCCUGACGGUUUCGGCCUACCUGAACUCGGUCAGUGACAUCGAGUACUAUGUGACCAAUGUGACGGGGGAUGGGAAACAGGUGAAUCGGUUGUUCGACAUCGACACCAAGCUGGGAAUAUUGUCAACGGCAGCGGAACUGGACCGCGAGUCCGGCGUCGAAAGUUACGAGGUGGAAGUGUACGCGAUAGCCCUCGGAGGAAUGCCCCGAACGACCAGCACUAAGAUCCGGGUAAACGUGCUGGACAAGAACGAUAGCCCACCGACAUUUCGUGACGUUCCGCUGGUGUUUUCCGUGUCGGAGGAUUUAGCCGUUGGCCAGUUGGUGGCGCAAAUAACGGCCACCGAUCCGGACACGCUCGGUACGCUCGAGUACAGCCUGGUGAAAGGCACCACCGGCAACACCGGCAAGUUCCAGCUGGAAAAGGACACCGGCCGGCUCCGACUUCGGGACACGCUGGACCGGGAAACCGAAGAUACCUAUCGGCUGGUGGUCAGCGUUACCGAUGGCGUCCAGAGCACCGAAACCACCAUCACCAUCCAGGUCACCGACACCAACGACAACCCGCCGACGUUCGCCGAGCCGGCGUACUCGUUCGACAUCCCGGAGAACGCGGCCCGCGGCUUCCAGGUGGGGGUCAUCGCGGCGACCGAUCCGGACCUUGGCGCGAACGCCGACGUCACCUACACCGUCAUCUCGGACUGGGCCAACGACGUGUUCUCGCUGAACCCGCAGACGGGGAUCUUCACGCUGACGGCGCGGUUGGAUUAUGAGGAGGUACAGCACUACAUUCUGGUGGUGCAGGCCCAAGACAACGGCCACCCGAGCCUGUCCAGCACGCUGACCGUGUACUGCAACGUGAUCGAUCUCAACGACAAUGCCCCAAUUUUUGACCCGAUGAGCUACUCCAACGAAAUCUUCGAGAACGUGCCCAUCAGCACCGAUGUGGUCACGGUCAGUGCCACCGACACCGAUUCCGGAAUUAAUGGACGCAUCGAGUACAGCAUUACGUCCGGCGAUGACAACGAGGAUUUUCAAAUCCUGAGCAACGGAACGAUCCGCACGCGGCGAGCGCUGGACCGGGAGUCCAAAUCGAGCUACAGCCUGAUCGUGUCCGCCAGGGACUGCGCCAAGGAGCCCGAAAAGCAACUGUCAUCGACGGUUCAGGUAACGAUCGUGCUGAAGGACGUCAACGAUCUUGCGCCGGAAUUUGUGACGCCGAACGAGACUAGCGUCGCGGAGAACAUCCCGAUCAACACGGUCAUAAUGGCGAUCAAGGCCGUCGAUCGCGAUGAAGGUCGCAACGGGUACGUCGAGUACCAGCUGGAUCCGGCCGUCCAGACUCCGUUUACGGUUGGAUCGGCCGACGGUUUGCUGCGGGUGUCCGGACGGCUCGAUCGUGAGACCAAGUCCAGCUACGAGCUCACCGUAACCGCGAAAGACCGUGGCGAACCGCCAAAGUCCAGCCAGUCCAAGAUUCGCAUUCACGUGCUCGACGAGAACGACAACAGUCCGAUAUUCGACCCGAAACAGUACAGCGCGGCGAUCGCCGAGAAUGCCAGCAUCGGUGCUAGCGUGCUGCAGGUCUCCGCUACCGACAUCGACGAGGGCGCCAACGGCCGGGUGCGGUUCUCGAUCGCGGCCGGCGACGACAACCGGGACUUUACCAUCAGCGAGGACAGCGGCGUCGUCCGCGUUGCCAAGAACCUGAACUACGAGCGCAAGUCGCACUACACGGUGACGGUCCGCGCCGAGGACUCCGCCAGCGACACCGAAAACGGUUCCGAGGUGCGCUUCGACACGGCCCGCCUCUCCAUCACCAUCACCGACAUCAACGACAACCCGCCGACGUUUCUGGACUCGCCCUACCUGGCGUACGUGAUGGAGAACGUCAUCCCACCGAACGGCGGAUACGUCAUUACGGUGCGGGCCUACGACGCCGAUACGCCACCGUUCAACUCGCAGGUCCGGUACUUCCUGAAGGAGGGCGACACGGACUUUUUCAAAAUCAACGCAUCGACCGGUGAAAUCUCGCUGCUGCGGGCGCUCGACCGGGAGAUGCAAGCCGAGUACAUCCUGACAUUAGUGGCCAUGGACACCGGAUCACCUCCCCUCACGGGAACCGGCACGGUUCGAGUCAUAGUCCAGGACAUGAACGACCACAGUCCAGAGUUCGAGCGACAGUCGUACCAAGCGACGGUUUCCGAAAAUCUACCCGCAGGAACCAAAGUCCUCCAACCCCUGGCCUCCGACAAAGAUUCCGGUCCAAAUGCCAAAAUUCGGUACACCCUCCUGGGCGAACACUCGGACCGCUUCAACGUCGAUCAGGACAGCGGAGAAAUCACCACGUCCAUCCUACUCGAUCGUGAAGACAUUCCUCAGUACGCUUUCAGCCUGAUGGCCCAGGACAGCUCAACAACCGAACCGCGAGCCACCGUUGUGAACCUCACUAUCGCCGUAUCCGACGUCAACGACAACAACCCAGCGUUCAACUCGCCCAACUUCCACGUCAACAUCCCCGACCGAAUCAAGCGGAACCAGUUCGUGUUCGGUUCCAAAGCGAUCGACCUGGACGAGGGACUCAACUCCAAGAUACUGUACUCGAUCAGCGGUCCGGACGCGAACAAGUUCCACAUCAACGAGCACACCGGUGUGAUCGAGGCUUCCAUCGAGCUUUCACUCCCAGGACAAAACGCUGAUCGUGUAUUCAGCCUGAUCAUCGAAGCUCGCGAUCAAGGCUACGAACAAAAGUCAACCCGAAGUGAACUGACGAUCGCGCUCAAAUCCGCCCAUCUCUUCCCGGUGUUUUCGUACCUCUCGGAAACGCAGUUCACACUACCGGAAAACAUAGCGGACGGAAAGAUCGUGACCAAAAUAUCUGCAACGUCCCCGAAAAAGGGUCCAGCAGGAAACAUUCGGUACGCGAUAGCCGGUGGAAAUAUCGGUGAUGCCCUACGAAUCGAUCCCAACACCGGAGAGGUGGCCGUCAACAAGGGAGGACUGGACUACGAAAGCAACCAACAGUACGAGGUUUGGAUCGAAGCGGCCGACUCGGAUAGACCCAGUCUGCGAAGCGUAAUGCAGCUGAUCAUCAACGUUACCGAUGCCAACGAUAACGCUCCCGUAAUGGAGAAGCAGGUUUAUAUGGCCGAAGUCAUGGAGGAAGAAUCCCCCGGAUUGUUCGUCACGAAAAUACAAGCCACGGACGUGGAUUCCGAAGAAAACGGACAAAUUACCUACAGCUUGAAGGACGACUUUGAUAGCUUCGAAAUCAACAGCGACACUGGAGAAAUCUACACCACCACGCGACUCGAUCGCGAAGAUAUCCCUAAAUACGCUCUGAUUGUCGAAGCAGUUGAUCAAGGCGUACCCCAGCUAACCGGAAGUGCCACAGUCCUUGUGAAUGUGCUCGACAAAAAUGACAAUCCACCCAAGUUCACCCGACUCUUCAGUGUAAACGUAACCGAAAACGCUGAAAUUGGAAUCUUCGUCAUCAAGAUUACUUCAUCCGACUCAGACAUCGGUAUCAACGCAAACGCCACCUACAUCUUCACCGAAAACAUUGGAAACAAGUUCCUGAUCGACUCGACCACCGGCAACGUAACCGUAGCCGGACACCUUGAUCGUGAACAGCAGGACGAGUACAUCCUGAAAGUGGCUGCCGUCGACGGAGCGUGGCGAGCGGAAACCCCCCUCACAAUCACCAUCCAAGACCAGAACGACAACGCACCAGAGUUCGAGCACAGCUACUACAGUUUCAACUUCCCAGAGCUUCAAAAACAAGUAACCUUCGUCGGACAAGUGAUUGCCACCGAUCGCGACAAGCACGGUCCCAACUCGGUCAUCUCGUACUCGCUCCAACAACCCUCGGACAUGUUUUCGAUCGAUCCAGCGACCGGAGAAAUCUUCAGCAAGCGCACCAUCCACUACAAACACACCCAAAUGGAAUCCUCCCCCGAGAACAUGUUCAGUCUGACGGUCCUCGCAACGGACAACGGCAAACCUCCGAUGUACACCGAGUGUCUGAUCAACAUCAACGUCGUUGACGCCAACAACAACCCACCGGUGUUCGCCCAACGGGAAUACCUCGCACCGGCACCGGAAGGAGCCAACGUUGGGCAGAAGAUCACCCAGCUGGUGGCUCGCGACGAGCUCGACUUUGGUGUCAACGCCGAGAUUGAGUACGUCAUUGCCGGUGGCAACGGAACGAACCACUUUGUCGUGAGCAAAAACGACGGAUGGAUAGUCGUGAGCAAUGCGCUGAACGAUAGUCCCGGAAAGGUGUACACAUUGAACGUGCAGGCCAUCGAUAAGGGAGUUCCUCCCCAGCAGGACGAGAUCGUGGUUACGAUUGUGAUCACCGGGGUGAACAAGUUUGCUCCAGUGUUCCAGAGUCCGUCCUAUCAGGUGAUCGUGCCGGAGAACGAACCCAUCGGAUCGACGAUUUUGACGGUUAGCGCGCCUGAUAACGAUGAUGGUCCCAACGGGAUGGUACGUUACUCAAUCCUAGGGGGUAACGAGAGGAAAGAGUUCGCGGUUGAUAGCGUAACCGGUGCGAUAACGAUCCUGCAACCGCUGGAUUACGACAUGAUUCAAACCUACCAGCUCAACAUUACCGCUGAAGAUCUCGGAUUCAAGCCCAAGAAAUCGAUGGCAAUGAUCACGGUUACCCUGACCGACAUCAACGACAACGCACCCACCUUCAACCAAACGGAGUACGAUGCAUUCAUUCCAGAAAAUUCUCCACCCAACACGUUUGUGUACAAGGCGUACGCCAAGGAUCGCGAUUCGCCGAAAAAUGCCAUCAUCCACUACUCCAUCAUCGGAGGAACUGGACGGGAUCUGUUCUCGAUUGAAAGCACGACCGGUAUCAUCAAAUCGAAGGCAACCUUUGACUACGAAGAGCAGAACAAGUACACGCUGGAUGUGAUGGCGAUGAAUCCCGACUCACCCAUGAAGAACAAGACCAAGAUGAUCGUGCACGUGACCGGUGUGAACGAGUUCUAUCCCAAGUUCAUUCAACCCGUGUUCCACUUUGACGUAUCGGAGUCUGCGGAAGUUGGCUCAAGUGUGGGAUCCAUCCAAGCCACCGACAAGGACGCUGGAGAAGAUGGUAAGGUGUACUACCUGUUGGUUGGAUCGAGCAAUGACAAGGGAUUCAGCAUACACCCGGAGUCUGGAGUGAUGGUAGUGUCGAGAAACUUGGAUCGCGAAACUCAGUCGAGGGUUGUGCUGACGGUUUUGGCGAAAAACUUUGGAGGUAUUCGAGGCAAUGAUACCGAUGAAGCGCAAGUCAUCAUAUCGAUCCAGGAUGGGAAUGACCCACCAGAGUUUCUACUCGAUUAUUACGAGGCUAAUGUUUCGGAGGGUGCUCAAGUUGGGACUCGUAUCAUCAACGUGAAAGCAGUAGAUAAAGAUGUUCGACCACAGAACAAUCAAUUUACCUAUUCCAUCAUCGGAGGAAACAAUGAUCAUUCGUUCAAGAUCGAUCCUCAGUCAGGUCAAAUUGAAACGUCAAGAAUGCUAGAUCGUGAAACAACCCCAACACACAAGCUCAUCCUCGGUGCAAUCGAUACCGGAACUCCGCCUCAGACGGGAACAACUACCGUGAAAAUAUCAGUCACGGACAUCAACGACAACGGGCCAACGUUUGACGCCAAGGACACGGUCGGAUCAGUGCUCGAGAAUGAACCUCCAAACACGGUCAUCAUGACCCUUUCGGCGAGCGAUCCGGAUCUUCCACCGAACGGUGCGCCAUUCACGUACAGCUUGAUCGGAGGUCGCCACAAGUCGUUGGUCGUGCUGGAGAAACACUCCGGUGUGCUGAAAACUUCUCGCAGUAUCGAUCGCGAAACCACCCCCAAGUUGGAUCUACUAGUGGAAGUGGAGGACAACGGAAAGCCAAAGAUGCGAACGCAACAUACGAUUACGGUUAACGUCGUGGAUCAGAACGACAGUCCGUCGACGCCGCGGGUGGUCCACGUGUUGGUAUAUGCGUUCAACAACCAAAUCAACGGAGACAUUGCGAACGUACACCCGAAUGAUCCGGAUACGACGGGUGACUACCGCUGCAAAAUCUUGAGUGACGUCAACAAACGUCCUGUGAGUGCUUUUGCUAUUAGCACCGGUUGUAAACUACGUUCAACAUCCGCCACUCCGAGCAACGGUCAUACUUUCUUGGUGUCUGGAAAUGACGGUAGACACGCAGACGUCGUAUCAACGGUCAGCGUGGAGUUUCUGCGAUUCGACAACGUUACCGUCGAAAAUUCGAUCACGAUUAGAAUCGAGAACAUGACGAGCAGUCGUUUUCUCGCGAACUUUUACCGCAACGUUGUGGACAUCUUGAAAUCAUCGAUUGACAACUCGGACGAACUGAUUGUCUACAGCUUCCUGGACGAUGACAAGGCGAUGGACAUUACCGUUGCGGUCGCUAGUGGAGCAAAGGGAUUCCGAUCAAAGCAGUACGUCAUCGAGCGGUUCAGCAAAAAGCAUGAAGCCAUCAACUCACUCAUCCAGAACUCGAAAAUCACCGUUGGGUUCAUCCCGUGCAAUGCGAAUACCUGUGACAAUGGUGGAGUUUGUUCCGAAAAGAUAAACGUGUACGAGGACGUUCAGAUUACGGAUAGCCAAUCUUUGGUGUUUACGUCUCCGCUGGUACGACAUGACUUCCAGUGCAAGUGCUCCGACGGGUACACUGGUCAAAAGUGCGAUAAAAGGCAGGAUCCUUGUUCGCCGAAUCCAUGCCAGGCGGGUGGGCAGUGCCGUCGACAGAGUUACGAUUUCCAGUGUUCUUGUCCGGCAAAUCGAGAGGGAAAGUUCUGCCAGCUAGAACGAGGGGAUAUCUGUUCCAGCUCGCCGUGCAAAAAUGGUGGUUCCUGCCGGGAAAGUUCCGAUGGAUCGUCAUUCUUCUGUCUGUGCCGUCCCGGCUACAGAGGAAAUCAGUGUGAAGCUGUCGCCGACUCUUGCCGGCCAAAUCCGUGCCUGCACGGUGGUCUGUGCGUCAGUUUGAAGCCCGGCUACAAGUGCAGCUGCGUUGACGGUCGAUACGGUAGACACUGUGAAAAGACCACAUUUGGAUUCAAGGAACUGUCGUACAUGGCGUUUCCUGCUCUAGAUUCGGCCACAAACGACAUUUCGGUGAUUUUCGCUACGACCAAACCGGACGCGUUGCUGAUUUACAACUACGGUAUCCAAAGCGGAGGACGAUCGGACUUUGUUGCGAUGGAGGUCGUCAACGGUCGGGCGGUGUUUUCGUACGGAGGGGCCAGGACGGACAUCACUUCGCUGGUGAUUGGACAGGGCAGCUCGAGCAGCAACACCAUCUCCAACGGUCAGUGGCACAAGAUCACGGCGACACGCAACGGACGCGUCAUGUCGCUGAGCGUGUCCAAAUGUACCGAGAAUGGAGACUACUGCGAGGACUGCAAACCGGGAGAUUCGAGCUGCUACGCGGACGAUACUGGCCCUACUGGAACACUGAACUUCAACAAACACUUCCUACUAGUUGGAGGGUUGGCUUCUGCCGAUCCAGUACUGGAGCGCCCCGGACAGGUCCAUUCGGAUGAUCUGGUGGGUUGUGUGCACAGCGUUUCCAUCAAUGGGAGAGCGCUGAACCUGAGCAACCCGAUGAAAUCGUUUGGCGUAGAAUCUACCUGUCGAAGGAACAGCAAUGGUGGCCCGUGCAGCUUAGGACUUCCGGAUGAUCCGGCGCAGCCAGUUUGUGGACCAUUUGGACAGUGCCUGGAUCGUUGGCAUACUGCCAUGUGCCGGUGCGGGGGAUCGAUACUGUCACCUGAUUGUCUAAAUUCACUGGAACACUAUUCGAUUGCGGAUGGUGGCUUCAUUGAGUUUGAAAUAUCGGAAAAGCACAAGCGUAUGCAGCUGUUGGAGAAUAUAUACAGCGGGAAGAACAUCUGGAGCUAUGACGUAACGCGGAACAAACGCUACUCGAUCAAAACGGAAAACAUUUCCAGCUUGACCAUUGCUGAGGAUCCUCCAAAGUAUAUGAGUCUUGUGUUCAAGACGAACAAGCCCAACGGUUUGUUGAUCUACGCUGCUACCAACAAGCACUACACAUCGAUCGAGUUGAAGAAUGGAAAGAUCUACUACAGCUCACAUCAGGCGUCGUAUGUCAAUAUCUCGGCGACAUCUCCGGAGAAUCUGGCCGAUGGUCAGUGGCAUAACAUUACGCUGCAAGCACACAACCGAAUUCUGCAAGUAAUUGUGGAUGGCAAGAAUGUGAUUGAAGAUCUGGACUCUGCUGGUGUUCACGAUUUCCUCGAUCCGUACCUUACGGUUCUUUCGAUCGGUAACGUGCGUCGUGAGCUCUUUGCGAAUGAAGUGAUGCCCGCAUUCUUCCAAGGAUGUUUGGCGAACUUCACGAUCAACAAUGAGAUUCAGCCGUUUAACGGAUCCGGAAGUAUCUUCAAAAAGGUUAUCCACAGAGGAAAUGUUGUUCCGGGCUGCUUGCUAGCUGGGUUGGGAGCUGCUCAAGUUACCGAUCCGCUCAGCAUUGGAAUCACGCUGGUCAUUGUGUUCUUUGUGGUGUUGCUGGUGGCAAUCUUUCUAUCGUUCUUGGUAUUUCGGAAGCAGCACAAGGAGAAGAGUGGCGGACUCGGAGGUCCCCCUACAAUGCAUACCAAGCAGAACGGAGGAUCGACGCUUCUGAGUACGUCGCAGCUGGUGUCUUCUGGUGUGCACAACGACAUUGGAAGAGGUAUGCACGUGAACGAUCUGUCGGUAGUGGGUUAUCAUUCGGAUAACAAUGAUAUGCUGCGCGGGGUUGGUGGACAUCACUUAGUAGGCCCGGAGCUGAUUUCAAAAAAAUACAAAGAAAGAGACAUAAACAGCGGUGAGCCGCAGAGACCACAACGUCCGGAUAUCAUAGAGCGAGAGGUGGUUAGCAAGAGUCCACCGCUGAGGGAGGAUCAUCAUCCUCCACUGCCUCCACCAAGUCAGUCUCAUCAUGCCCAUGAUCAUACGAAUCCCGUUGAUCUGGGUUCGGAAUAUCCUGAGCACUACGACUUGGAGAACGCCAGCUCGAUCGCUCCGUCGGACAUCGAUAUCGUUUACCACUACAAGGGAUACCGCGAGGCAGGUGGAGUUCGCAAGUACAAAGCUACUCCGCCACCUGUGGCGACCUAUACGCACCACAAGCAUCAAACAUCCGCACAGCAACAGCAUCGACACUCUCCGCACCAUGCAGGUCCGUACGCUCCGAGAGUGCCACCGCAAGCUAGUCAACCACCUCCUUCAAACACACCACGACCACAUCAGACGACUCCACUCGCUCGACUAUCGCCCAGUUCCGAGCUCAGCUCUCAACAGCCUCGUAUUCUAACGCUGCACGACAUCUCCGGGAAGCCACUGCAGAGUGCCCUUCUAGCGACCACUUCAAGUUCCGGAGGCGUCGGUAAGGACGCUCUGCACAGCAACAGCGAGCGAAGUCUCAACAGUCCGGUGAUGAGCCAGCUGUCCGGACAGAGUUCGAGUGCUAGUCGAAAGAACCCGGGUGUUCCACAGCAACCACAGAACGUCAACUCGGUGGUGCCGGGACCGAUGGGAUUGACUGCAGAAGAAAUCGAGCGACUGAACUCGCGUCCUAGGACCUCGAGCCUGGUCUCGACUCUGGAUGCGGUCAGCAGUAGUAGUGAAGCUCCACGAGUUACUGCGCCUCAUCUGACGCACAUGCAUCACUCACCCGCGGUUGAUGCGCACAGCUCAACGUCUACGGACGAGAGUGGCAACGACAGUUUCACCUGUUCGGAGAUCGAGUACGACAACAACAGCAUGAACGGGGACAACAAGUACAGCAAGAGUCGUGACGAGGGCAAUCGACGGGGAGUCAACGACAACAACAACAGCAACAAGCCCCCGCACAUGCCUCCGUCGUCGUACGACGGGUUCGACUCUUCGUUCCGGGGAUCGCUGAGCACGCUGGUCGCCUCGGACGAUGAUCUGUCCACGCACAUGGUGGGAAUGUACCGCCAGCCGAACGGAGCGUCCCCCUCGGCCACCGGAUGGGACUACCUGCUCAACUGGGGACCCAAUUUCGAGAGCCUGAUGGGCGUGUUCAAGGACAUUGCCGAACUGCCGGACACUGUGAACGGGCGGGUGCCGACUUCGCUCCGGAUACCAGCCGGCGUGCAGAAGCCCUCCGAGGAGUACGUGUCUCCCCUCUCGGAGGAGGUAGUGAAGUUCUGUGUGAAAUAUGCGUUUGUGAAUUCUAGUAGAAGUGCACGAAAGGAUUACACAGUUGCAAAAAUGUUCUUCCGUCGAGUGUUUGCCAAGAAUGGCAAUUCAUCAACCAGCGGCGAGGGGUCCUCGAGUACGUCAAACUCGUCGAACAACAACGUCAGCGCUUCUCCCGCACGGUAUCGACGGGUUCUGAACGUGGAAGACAACCACAGAGUGCUAUCAGUACUUCAGCUGACACCCCUUUGGGAGUACAUCAUCCGGAACAAUGAACUCCCGGUCGGGCUAAACAUGAACGAGCUGUUUCGGGAGUUCCUGGAGCGACUGCACGACCCGGAGUACCAGGUCCGGCAGCACUCGCUCCGGGUGUUGAUCGACGUGUUGAUUGUGCUCCGUGAUGAAUCUGACGUGUACUUUGCCCCGUUGUUGCCACCGAUAAUCGACAACCUCGGCCAUCCGUCGCCGGCCGUCCGGAAGGGAGCUCUGGACGUGCUGAAGGUGUACAUUGCCCAAACGAAGAUGCCCGAAACGGUCAUGCUGGAGAUCAUGAACUAUGGGAUGGACCGUAAUCCAAAGGAUCCUCUCAGUACCCGCUACAUCGUCGGAGUUAUGCUUGCACUGCCCUCGCUCAUCCAACCGGCUAUCCUUACGGCAAAGCGCGUCUUCAUAUUGCGAGCCGUCAUCAACGCGCUAGGUGGGAAAAUGGUGCAGAUAACGUACCAGGAAAUCGCCCUGAAGAUCUUACUCAAAAUCAAAAACUCCAUCGGAUCCCGGGAAUUCUACGAAUGUAUCUCCGUUUCGUACCGAAGAGAUUUCGACCUCUUGUGCAACGUGUACGGACUACCGAAUCCGCUCAAGAGUCCGCGACGGGAAACGGUCAUAAACCUCACCCCACCGGGUUCAGAGGUUCCCGUGCGUAAAUCCUGGAAGCCACACAUACCCCAAGUUCCUACCACGGAGAUGCAGCAACUGAUGCAACCGCUAUCGCCGAAAGCUCAACGGUGGAAAUCGGGCAGCUACAAUGACAUCUCUCGCGGAGAAUACUACGAUCACGAAAGCAAGUCCCGCUUCCGAGCUUCCGACGAUCGGCUCAACCACAAUCCGUACGCCAUUAGCAAACUUCCUGCUCACGGGAGUUCGGUAGUGCGACGCGUAAGUAUGGAAAACAUCGACAAGAUCGAAGAGUCGAAAGUGAUACUGGAAACGGAGAUCAAGAUCAACAAGGAAGCAGUUACCAUGCGAAUCUUGGAAGCGGAAAAUUCUCAGUCGAUCAGUGAAGAAAGUGACGAAGACAACUGCAAACGGUACGGUAUAGUGCGCGUGUUGACGGACAGUGAAAUUGACGAGGGUGGGACUUCAAAGACUGUCGCAUCUUCUAGUAUGAUGCAGGAUCAGUCUUCGGACGAAUACGUGAGAAGAACACCUCGGAGAGUGAGAUUCGGUGGUGAAAUAGUGAAAAUGAGGACACCCGAUAGUGAUACGCUGGACCACAGUGAUCAAGAUGGAUUAACGAUUUCGCAGUCUUCAAGUUCUAGUGUGCUUACUAAUGUGAACCAUCCUACGACAAGUUCUUCCGAUCGAUCCUCACCAAUACGAUCGGCUCUCAAGUCUUCAGUAUCUUCAACCGAUCGAUCAAGUUCCUCUAUGCGUAGACAGUAUUCCCAGUCGGCGGACACUGAACGCUCAUCUCCACCCAUCAGUAGUGACUACAUCAACAACAACAACAACCACCGACCAAUGUCAGCGAAACCAAGCAGCAGCUACAUGAGCUCGGACGAAACUCCCCAUCCACGGCAGGCAGCUUUCGCCAGACGAAGGAGUGUUACCUUCGACGAAGACGAUAUGCGUACGUCUACCUUGACCGUAACUACGCUGGAUCAAUCCCCAACACCAUCGCCUUCACCCGAACCUCCAGAACCACCGGAACCGCCCAAAGAACGUCCAAAGUCAUCCCGACCAAAGUCGGGUCGGGCUCCUAAAGCUACCUUGGAAGACGACGAGCAGCCUGAAUCGCCACCACCCAAAGCGGAGCCCGAACUAAAAGUUCCUGAAACUCCGGAUACUCAAAGCCAUCCGGAACCUCCGGAAACAAACCAUUUGCUGGCGGAGAAAAUCGAAGAAGUGAAGCAAGCGAUUCAAGGCAUCGAGGAAAAGAUCAACAACGUAGUUCGUCAAACCGUUGAAGCGGUUACCGCUGAAUUGCCGAGCAGCCCGUCAAAGCUGGUGAAGGCCGACUCUGCAGAUGCUGCGGUACCCGCGAGCACGCCCAAAUUGCAACAUAAUUUGUCGCUGGAAGUGCUGCUUAAAACCAGCACCGAUACCAAAGAGAACAAGGAUGGUGGUCCGGAAGAUCCCAAAGAUUACACCAAGGAACUCAACAUUGACAUUCCCAAAGAGGAAAAGUUGAACAACGAAGUUCCACCGCAACCAGCGAUCGAGAGGACGUCCAAAAUACCAAAGAUGAUCAAAACGGGCAUUCCCAAGCUCAACACGAUGCCAUCGCCAACCAGGACUAAAAACACCACAAAAUCCGACGGAGGUUCGCAACCAGCCAGUGCCACCAUGUCCCCAAACAAAAUGCUCACGGUCCACGAUCGAGGUCGAUCGCGGCGCCGAAGUCGAUCGGCUACGAGCCUGCUACUGCAGCGCAGCAUAUACAAGAGUCCGUCCGCGCUGAGUCCGGUUCCGCACAGUGGUAUCGAAAUGAUACACAACCUGCUGCGAAGUCCGGCCACUUCCCCGAACAGGGAAAGGCGAAAGAACUCAACGGGUGACUCGCUGGCCAACGACAACAACAACAACAGCAUCGAAAUGAACAACUUGAACGGCACGAAAGAUAAGUGCUUCAACGUGAACGAGGACGACAUCUACGACGUCUUUGGGAAGACCAUAGCAACGCAAACGUCUACGGAGGAGAUUGAGGUGGGAAGAUCGUUGGGAUCGCGAUCGGGUACGGACAUCGAGAUUCCCAGCAUCGUCAACGUUCUGCCCACCGAUUCGAGCACGGAUGCGGAAAAUAACUUUAAACCUCAGAGCAGACCCAUCUCACGAGCCAGUUCCCCGAAGUUCAUCGAAGCGAGAAUCGUCAACUCCUGGGAAGACCUGGGCAUCGUCGAUCAAGUUGCUCUCGUUCAGCUCAAAAGUGGAGACUGGCGGAUACGGUCCCAAGGUUUCUGCGCCAUCGAAGAGUCCCUCCGCUCGACGGACAACCUGGCCAAGGUUCAACCAUAUCUGGAGUCACUGCUGCGAACGCUGCUCUCGUCCGAGCGCAAUGUGGACGUCAUCGAAGACAAGGUCCGCAUGCUGGUCAACCUGAUCUCGCGUCUACCGCUGGAGAAUCUGGAGGACCGCGUCGCCCAGAUCAUGACCGGACUGUGCCGGCAGGGCGGCCCCGGCAGCAACACCGUGGCCAAAGCCCUCAUGCAACGACUGCCAACGGCUGCCAUCGUGCAGCGACUGCUAUCGGACGAUUUCCUACAUGCCAAAAGCUCAAAGUUCCGCGAGAAUGCCCUGCAAAUGGUUCUGUUUGCACUGAUGACAUUUCCCAGCACGUACUUUGAUGUCCAGGCGCUCAUUUCGCGGGCCACCGUGGCUGCGGUGGACCGAAAGAAACGGGUUCGACACGGAGCGCUGGACGUGCUAGCGGUACUAGGCCAAAUCGGCUCGCCCAAGCUGGUCCUGGACGUGGUGUGUUCCGCCGUGGGGCAACGCCCCGACGGAAACCACCUGAUAGCGGCCGUGAAGGCGCGACUCGCCCGCAAGCAGCUUCCCUUCAUCGGACCGGACGGCAGCGUCGAGUACGCGCUCAAGGUGCCCUCCUGCCGGACCAGCUCGGUCAUCAUGUUCGGCGCGGACGUGGACUGGAUCGAAGCCGGCAGUGGGUCCGCCUCGCCGACCUCGACCCGCUCCCGGAACAACUACCCGAGCUUCCAGGUCGACAGCAGCGGCUCGUUUGACGAGUACAAGAGGAAACCAAGCUUCCAGGUAUUCGACGAGGUGAAGCAACCCAUCGAGUCCAGUAAAGUGUACAGCUCCGGCUGGGGGGCCUCCAAGAUCCCGGUUAGCCAAACGGAAAAUAACGUACCAACAAACAAUGGAUCGAGACCUUUCUACGGCAAUUUACAAUCUCGGUCAUAUCCGGAGCUGUCCGACCAACAGCAGCGGAAGGGUAACAACGGUGGUGCCGGUGGCCAAGGUGGAAAGGCGCACCCUAAUGGCAACGGCAAUAGUAACGGACGACAUGCCAAACAACCAACAGUUUCAAGGUUUCCAGAAAUGGAACCGGCUCGCCAGAACGGAAGGAACGGCCUAAACGGCAAAAAUAGCAACCCGUACGAGAUGAAACCGCAGACGAGGACGAAUCGCAGCAGGCUGUGCUCGCGGAUGAGUGAUGGCUUCAUGAGUGACACGAUAGCCAAUGCAAACCGGGUGCUGCAGAGUGAGUCCCGCCCCUCGACUGAUCCGGCCAUCGAUAAUGGGGCGAUAAGGCAGUCGCGGAACGGAAUGAGAUUCUACAAUCCCAAUGUUAUGAUGAGCAACGGCAACAACAACCCAGCAAAACAACAAGUGAGCACGCAUGUGCAGAAUAAGCAAGAUCUAGAUCAGCGUCCCCAUUUAUCACCGGGCAAAAGCUACGGCAAUAGCCAAAACAAUGCCACUAGUAACGGCGGCGGACGCUUCUUUGGCGCGAAUAGCACAAUCGAGACACCUCAUCGGCCGCGGUUUCUGGGCGAGGGUGGCGUGCCAACGGCGGCGGGGGCAGGAAUCAAUCAGGAAAGCUACAUUAUUCAUCGCGACGAGCAGUACGAUAGUGAGAACGAUGAAAAGUCCAGCAAUGACUCGACCUCGACCCGAAUCAUCUCAAACAGUACGUUUAAUUUCGGUGGCAAGGGAAGCGACCCGUACCCGCCCACGACCCCCGGCUCGAUAAUGUCCUCGCGGCCACAAUCCGUUACCUCACACAAGUCGAUUGGCUCUGGGAUAUUGAAGAGCGACGGGCGCCUCUCUCGGACCAGUGCCAUCUCGCACAGUAAUACCUCGCUGAAGCAGCAGAGCGCUGCCGGCGGCGGAGACAACGUGUCCAUCAAAUCGGCUCGAUCGGCAAAGAGUAGGACCGACAACGAGGCGUGGUACGAGCAGGAGUCGACUCCGGUGCGAAGCGAAGACGUCAUCAGCUCCAACCAGGUGCAGUACGAGUCGGACUACGAUGACGAGGAUAUUGAAGAAGUGAUAGAACCUCCAAAGCGGACUACAACACCGAAGCGCUAUCCCACGCCCAGUCCAGCCCCGCUUCAGCAAUCCUAUUCAACCGAAGAACUGUCCAACACCAGCUACCAUCAACCGGAGGAACCGGAAGCUUCUCCACCACCCAAAAACAGAGUGCAAUCGGCCAGUCUAGGAAACCUCCAGCAACUAGACGACGAAGAAGAGCCCGCCCAGCCAGUACCACCCAAGAAAAUCCUCAAGAAACCGUUUCUAGUCCGCAAGAGUAGCAAGGUUGCCCCGGCCAAAGAAACAACCCCCGUCGGAGGAUCAACCAAGGGCAAGACCAAAGGCAACGAAGUCAUUUUCCAGAAGAACCUACGAAAGUUUGAAAAGCCCAAAGAUGCCCUCGCCAACUGCAUCAUCCACCUGGAGAGUCCCAACUGGGAGCAGAACGUCACCGGCCUUCAGAUCUUCGUCCGUCUAAUCCGCCACCACCCGGAAGUGAUCGACUCCCAAAUCCAUCUCCUCUCGGUGGCCCUCGCUCGCCAAGUCCGCAAUCUGCGUUCGCAGGUCGCCCGCGCUGCCUGCCAAGCCUCCGCCGAGUUCUUCUCCACCCAUCGACGCUGCAUCGAAGGCGAAGCGGAGGACAUUGCCACCCAUCUGCUGCACCGAACCGCCGACACCAACAAGUUCCUGCGGGCCGACGCCACCCAGGCGCUGGAAUCGAUGUGCGAGAACCUCUCGAACGCAAAGGUGAUCCACAUCAUCUCCUUCAAGGGGGCGACCCAUCAGAACGCCGUGGUCCGCACGACGGCCGCCAAAAUGCUGGACAAAAUCGUGCACCAGAUUGGAGCGGAGAAGGUUUUCGCAUUGCCGAAGGAAUCGCGCGACAAGCUGGUGCUCACCGGAGCUCAACUCCUCCUCGAAGGUUCGCUCGAGACGCGCAACUACACCAAGAGCAUGUUCAAGCAGAUGUCGGACCAUCCGAGCUACAACAAAGUAUUACUGGACGUGAUUCCGUCGCGUACAUACCGGAACAUUGAAAAGUCCCUCAAGAGCAUCCGGCAGAUGUAGAGCACGUGAUUCCUAAACAAAGAAAACAAAAAA